AGAGAGAGAGAGAGAGAGAGAGAGAGAGAGAGAGAGAGAGAGAGAGAGAAACACAGCAAGAAAGCAAAAAGAGAGAGAGAGGCGCUUGUGGCUAAGGAAAGCGAUUGGGCGAGUUUGCUUUUAGGCGGCGGUUAUCAUUCUCGGUAGCAGAAUAACUUGUAUCCUGUCGAUUUGAAACCCGCUGCGUCGCGGAAACCUGGCUAUUUGUAAGAUUGAGAAGAAGACGGUCUUAAGAACACUGGAAAGGUCUAUUUUUAAGGUGUUAAAUCUUGGAAAGGUCCCUGUGGAAAGUGAAGAAGCUGCAUGUGCAUUCUCUCACCUGCUUUGAAAAGGCUUAAAGGAGCACCAUGGAUUUUGUGAUGAAGCAAGCUUUAGGUGGGGCCACCAAAGACAUGGGGAAGAUGCUGGGUGGGGAGGAGGAGAAGGACCCCGAUGCUCAGAAGAAAGAGGAGGAGAGGCAGGAGGCGCUGAGGCAGCAGGAGGAGGAGAGGAAGGACAAGCACGCCCGCAUGGAGGCAGAAAGGGAGAAAGUACGACAGCAGAUCCGAGACAAGUACGGCUUGAAGAAGAAGGAGGAGAAGGAGGCGGAGGAGAAGGCAGCGAUGGAGCAGGCGUGCGAGGGCUCGCUCACACGCCCCAAAAAGGCGAUCCCUGCGGGCUGUGGGGACGAAGAUGAGGAGGACGAGGAGAGCAUCCUGGACACCGUGCUCAAGUUCCUGCCCGGGCCACUGCAGGACAUGUUUAAGAAGUAAUGGGGGUGUGGGGGGAGAGGGGGCAACCAGGCCAACCACAGCGCAAAUCCCUUUCUGUUUUUAACCUGUCGAUUUUGGUCCAUAAAAAUCGAAACAAUCUAAAUCUAAUAUCUCAAGAUAGUGCUUGCAUAUCUUUUCUUUUCUUUCUUUAUUUUUUUCUUUCUUGAUCUCAGAAUUUCUGUCCUCACGAAUCAAGUAAGAUGGUUGAGCUGCAUAAAAGUAUAGAACUGCAAUGCUUGUUUCAGAAUGAAUCUGUGGACCAUUGCGUAGGCAUUGCAGAAGCUUUCCAUACACACUGACCAAACAUAUAGAACUAAACUGUAUAUGUAUGUGUAUAUGUUUAUGUAUAUGUAUAUGUAUAUGUAUACAAAACACAGCAAUUUUGUUCUUAAGAACUGACCUGUUUUGGUGUGUGCGUUGUGGAAAGCCAUUUUUUUUUCCCAGCAUAAAAGAUAAUUCUGAGAUCUUUUUUUUACCACUAACUUCAAUACAUUUUUAAAGAACAUGUAAUUUUUUUUUUAAAUGUGCCUCUAUUUAUUGUAAGCCAUGUUGAAGUGGCCACUGCACUGAAUACAUUGAGCUUGGAGGGCUGUGCAGUCCGAUAAACACUUACACCCCCCCCCCCCCCCCCCCAAGCUCUGUGUAGUCAGGUGUUACUCUUAGUCUUCAGCUUAACAUGCCAUGUUGCAGAUAGUUAUCUCCUUUUUCUUUUUCCACCUUUUUGCUUAAUAAUAUUUUCUUUUUUUUCUUUUUUUUUUUUUUAAUUGCCUCUAAACUGCCGAAGUGAACAUUGAACUGAGAUCAUAAAUUGGCUUCCACCAAUUGGCUUUGUGCUAAUCCUAAAACAGUCUGGACAACGGUCGUAAUUUGACAUGGGUGCAAGAAAGCUUUCGGGUUUGGUUAGGUCUGGUCAUUCAUCCUUUGUCUGAUAUUCUCUGUACAAAUACAUCACCAUAUUAUGCAUUGCAUCCAUUUGAUCUUUUUAGAUAGUUUUUGAUAUAUUUUAAUUACUGGUGCAUUAUAUAUAUAUAAACCUGAAAUGAGUACAGUUUUAUUGUACCAAAAAAACUAAUUGGCAAAAUGAUUAAUGGACAUACAGUAUGAGCAGACAGAGAGCGCUUAGCUCCCUGCACUAUACGCCAGGAGAGAGCCUCCAAGGGUUUGCUUAUUGCCUGGAGUUCAUGGAAUUCAAAAGACUGCCACACAUAGCUAUACCUUUGAGUGUCCAUAGCCAGUAAAUCAUAACAGUCUUUGUUUGUCAUGCUAUGCUCAUAUGUUUGUAGUAUUAUUAUUAUUAUCAUUGACAGUAACAGAAAGCUUGUUAGCACUUUCACACAGUCUCUUUCUUUUUGAAAGCUCUGAAUACUUUUUGCCACAGGCUCCACUCUUCACUUGUUUGGUUUCAUGCCGUAUCUCUUGAUAGCACUUUCUUAGCAAACUGGUUCCAUCGAUUCUGACGACUGUCCUAAGUUAGGUUAGUCAACAAAUGUGACUGUUAAAAUGUCUGCGUGAGCUGCAAUUCUUUUUUCUCUCCUGAAAUGUCUGAUUGUGAGCCAAGGGACCAACAACAGGAAAUGACAUCAAUCAGGCUUAAAUGGGGACCAAUGAUUUGUGUAAGAGGAACCAUGUGUAAGAUGUAAUGUAAUCUCCCACAUCGCUUUCUGUUCUUGAAAUCGCCAUGGAAACAUUUGCAAAAACACAACCUACUCAAAAGAAAUCUCAUACAUUUGUAAGAUGUAUUUUUUAUAUAUAUAUUUGGAUACAUACACAGCAGAUUUAUUUUGCAGCUAUAACUGCCCAGUUCCCACCUGUUUCUAAACGGUUUACCUUAAUGAGUAGAAAAUGUUAUACAGUGAUAUCUAGAGGGACUUCAGCAUAUAGAUUGAUAUCAUUCAGAUGCACCUAAAUACCGGGCCUGGUCGCCACUGAUCCUUUUAAAGGAAGGUUCCAGAUAUGCACAAGCUCCUCAUAUAAAAAAGGGGGUUAUAUAUGAAAUCAUAUGUGAAUAUAAAAUAUCAUUGCCUUUUUUAUUCUAACUGCAAUAGUUUAAACACAUGUUUUUGUGAGAUAACUGAUUUUCUCAAUUAUCAACUGUUUGGCUUGUUACGCUUGGACAGACUUACUGAUAAGCCAGUUUGGCAAGCCUCUGUCACUGUAGGAGCUCCCUUAAUAGUGGCCCUGUACAUAAUAAUAAUAAUAAUAAUAAUAAUAAUAAUAAUAAUAAUAAUAAUAAUAAUAAUGCACCCUGAUUAUUCCAUGAGGUUCCAUAUUAUUUGUGGGUUGUCGAUUUCCUUUAACCUCAAGUUAACUUUUACCAUAACAAUGCAUGUUUUGAUAGUGCUGGGACUAACAUGGCCUGAACAUUUGAAUCCAUUAACAUGAAGACCAAAGAGAAGGAGUUCCCCCACUGAUACUAUAUCAGAUGUUCAGUUUCACCAUUCAGGCUUGGUUUCGUUGACUCACACAGGACAUAGGCAUCUAUUUUAAUGAUCUAAUUCUGCCACAGUUUAGAUCAGCAGAAAAAAAAACCCUAUAGACUUAGCUCUGGAAUAUUUCAUUUCAAAAUCUCAGGUACUGGUUCUCAGUAUUUUAAACACUCUGCGGGAGGUUUGCUUGUAUUUAAUCAGCUUACUCUUUCCCAACCGCUGUCCUGAGAGACAGAAGGAUAUAUUGAGAGACAAUACUGUGUGUGUAAAACGUGCUGAUUAUUGGGCAAGCUCAAAGUUAGGGGCUACGCAAACUGUGGUACAUGAUAACAAUACAAAAUCAUCCCUUAUUUGUUUGUAGUAACUUGCAGCCACCAGUUGUGCUAGUGUUAUAACUGAGGCUGCUGUGUCACUGGGAAAAAACUAGCAUGACGCCAGCCACUGAUUAGAGAACUGAGAAGCUCCUGUACCGACAGAUGCACACAGUAAUAUAUACUGUCAGUUGCUAAACUGAUUUGCCUGAAGAGGAAGAGCCUUCUGCAGCAUCUGCUUUCUGAAUGCGCAGACACAAAGCAAGCCUGACAAAGUUCAUCCAGUUAGCUGCUGUGUGGAAGUGUGCACUCUAAAAGCUCAAAAAGGUCCUGGUUGUCUAUCGCUGCCAUUGUAAGGGUGACACAGACUCAUCCACUCAUAUUUAUUUAUUUCUGUUUUAGUCUUAUUUUUAGAAAGAAAACAUGACCAGGUAAAUGCUGAAAUGUACAACUGCUGGGUGCGAUGCAAUGUUGGGGUCUCUUGUUGGACACCAUCUUGGUGGCUUGCUGCAGCUUUUUUUCUGUUGAGCAAAAAGUCAUCAUUUCCUGUCAGAGAAAGUGACACUUUUCUAAUGAAUACCUUUUCAUGAGCUUUCUUAAUGAGUGUGGAACUUUCCGGUAACGUAUUAAAACUUGUCAGGAACCCACUGAGACAGAAUGUGUGAUUCAUGCUAACUUUCACAGUUAUCCUGAAGAGGCACUUAUUGGGAAGUGUUGCUUACAGAAUGCCUUUGUGCCUUUCCUGAUUUUUCAUUGUGGGCAUUAACAGCUCACAGGGAGCAUGCCUAUCCUCUCACUUUGUAUGGCAAAUAAUAGGAGCAGCACUGAAAGAUUCAAAUGAAAGAACUAUGAAUUAUUAUUCUGUAUUACAUGGAAGUACUGUACUCUAUAGAAAUUGCUUUAGCGGUCUCCUUGUCAAAAGUGUCCUGGGAAACAUUAUAGAGAAAAGCAGUUCCGGAAUCAGAAUAUCAAUGUAGUUACAUUGCACUUAAAUAGCAGUGUCAGCCAGACUACAAAUACAGUAGGACUUGCAACCAGGUUCUUAUGCCGUUUUAAGACUUCUAGUGAUGAGGGAACGCAUUACAACUAGAAGAAGGUAUACCCGUAGGUUAUUCUUACAGAAUUAUAGCCUUUUCUGGUCCAAGAACCCUAAUAAACAUUAUCUCUCUGCCUAAAGAAUCAGAUCUGGUCAGAGGCAGGACUUGGAUAACACCACAACAUUGAUGAGCCAGAGUCUAGUCACAGGUCUUUGACUUGUUGGGUUGUUUUGCUUUGUAAAAUCUAAUUUUAAUUGUUUUGCUCUGUGGAACUUUUUUCAAUAGUUAUUAAAGCCAUAUCGUUUUAGAGUGCAAUACUAAAUCUAAGAAGACAAAAUGGGUAAAAAAAAUAAUAAUAAUAAAUAGUUGUUCCUUGUUAUUUUUUGUUCUAUGUAAAAAAAAAAAUAUAUAUAUAUAUAUAUGAAAUGUCUGACAGAAAUGUUCUUUCUAAAAGCCACAGUAAUGAUGUCUACAUGUGCGUACACGUGUGCUUGUAUAUGUGUGUGUCUCCGUGUCUGUCCGUGAUGUUAGCUGUCGUUUCACCUUGUCCCUGUCAUAGGUGUCUCUCUCUAUCUGACCCAUGUGCUUGAUUCCAAUUGUUAGUCUCCAUAAGCAAGGAAGUCUACAUGAAGGGUAGUCACAAAAUGGGGUAUUCUUCAGCAGUUAGCAGUCAUUUAAGGGAUGGAUGUUCUUAACCUGUUAGGCUUUUGGGCAGCCAUUAAAAAGCAUGAAAUAAUGCUACUCAAAGUACCUUUGAAUAGUGAGUUACCUUACACUGUAUGUGUAUGGCUACACUUUUUAUUGCUGUAGUGUACAGUGUUGGUAAUAGUUGUGAGGGACAGGAAGAAAUACAGCAGCAUUACUCAAAUCAUUUUCAGCUUGGCUUGGUUUUACUUAUCAGGGGUUGGGGGAUCGCAACUGUCUGGUCCACAGAACCCUGAGAUCUUACAGUGUGGCUAAAAAAUCCUGGAAGAAUGAUACGGUGGAGGUUCCUUUGAGAAACUGAUAUUCAAAUCUCAUGUUUACUCCAAGUCGAAAGAAGCAGAAAAACAAAGUUAGUCUGAAUCACUUUUAAGCAUGUUUAACACCUUGAUUUCCUUGUGGAGCGCUUCCUAGGCACGUCUAGUAGGCUAGUAAAUAUAUUUCAUUAUAAAAUAAAAACAAUGAGAAAGUUGCAAAUAAUGUAGCACAUUGAGAAGAAAAAAAACAACACUCAUUCAAAAUUAUAAACUUUUGCUAAUACUUUACAUUAAAUGUCUCUAAUUACUGUGUAAAUCUUUUUGCAUGCUAUAUGUAAGUACAAGUUUGUAUCAGAAAAGUAUUUGAGUUAGGGUUAGGUUUAGAGUUAGGGUUACGGUUAUAUCAUAGAAAAAUCUUUACACGUUAAGUACAUUGUAACUCUGCAUAAUAGCAGUGUAACUAUGUGUAAGUACACAUGUAUUUACUAAGUAACUACUAUGUAAAUGCACAGUAAUUGUAGACAAUUCAUGUAAAGAGUUAGCACAGUUUGUGUUUGUAAAUUGUCAGAGCUAACUGAACUCUUGUCAGAUCCCUGAGUCCAGUGUCUGUCUCUAAACAGUUGCUCUUCGGUAGGGUGGCAUGCAGCAGCAGUCAUUCUGCCACUUUAAUGUAUUAAACGUCUAACGGGACAAAAGGGCUGAACGAGCCACAGAGACACCUGGCUGGUAAAGCUUGGAGGUUUUUGGCUCAGAUGAAAUUCAAUUCAACACAUUCUAACACAAUGUGGUCUACUUAGAAAUCAUUAUUAAUAUUGUUAGAAUUAUUAUUAUUAUGUAUAGAUGAUAGAUCUAAGAUGUCUUUUUUUCCCAGUUGAGAGGUAUAUAUAAAAAUAAUAUGCUUUUGAAAUAGACAGAAACUUGUUUUAUUAGCCCCUUCCAAAGGCAGCCCCUGACUCAGAAUCGUGUUCCCCGAACACCAUGCUGGGGGCUCCACACUUCUGGAGUUUCACAGCAAAGUGACAACCAAUAUUAACCCUGUUUAACACAGGAGAUCUAAUAAGGUAAUAGUACAAGGUGGGCUGCAGACUGUGCAGGCUGAAUUAUUGCUAUUAAGUUGUACGCUAACAAGCAGAGCAGAGCAGGGCAGGGCAGGGCAGGGCAGGGCAGGGCAGAGCAGAGCAGGGCAGGGCAGGAUAGGGCAGGGCAGGGCAGGGCAGGGCAGAGCAGGUAAACCGGCGCUGGCCUGGGUGGGAUUCAUCGACAUGCUGGUAUUGAGUGACUCGGAAUGUUUUUACCUAUUUUUAAAUUGUGUACUGAGCACUAAGUAGACUACAUUUUGUAAAGGGCUAUUUCCAUUCAUUAUCACCAAAAUUAUUAGUAUGUAUCUAUCUAUCUAACUAGCUCUAUAUAUAUAUAUAUUUAGAUAGAUAGAUGGAUAGAUAUAAACACACUUUCCCUUGACAAAGGUAUGUAAAUGUACUGAAACGCUGGGAAGUUGUGAUAAUCCUAUAGAUCCAGUGGUAGAUUCUCUUUGUUUCUCGCCCCUGCUUAGAUUUAUAUAUAAGACCACAUGGCCCAAUAGUGUGCAUCUCCAGUGGGGACCAAAAACAAAGUGAAAUAAAAAGACAAAGCUAGAAUGGCAGGUGAAGCUACAGUAUAUAUAGACAGGUGGGGGGGUUAUAGCCAGGUUAUUAAACAUUUAUAGAUGGCAUUGAAGAUUGAAAGGCUCAGAGUUUUGGAAAGUUUCAAGGCAAUCACAUCGCACCUUUCCAGAAGUUUAAAUUCCCUGCAGGGUGUUCAUUUUUCCUCCUAAAAGAAACAUGCAUCUGUAUCAGGGAUGUGUGUAGGGGGAGGGGUAGCGCAUUGAGAUUUAGGAACGGAAAACCGUACAAAAGGGGUGGGUUGCAAAAAAAUAAAUAAACCUUGUGUUAUUUUUUGAUAGUCCUUUUUAAUCAACCUUGCAAACGUAAGAAAAGACUCUGAUUAAAUCACAGAAUAUUUCCAUAUAACACAGA